CCCGAGAUGUGUUGAAGGCACGGUCAAGUCGGAUAGACCGGUAGCAAGCUACGCCACAGUUCAUCAAAGGGGGCAGGGCGAUCAUGAAUCGCCUGUUCGGAGGGUCAAAAGCUGCGGCAGCAAAGCCGACCCUGCAAUCGGCGAUUCUGUCCACCGAGCAGCGUGCAGAUGGCGUCGAAGUCAAGAUUCGCAAGCUUGAUGCUGAGUUGGGACGCUAUCGGGAUCAGAUGAAGAAGAUGCGGGAUGGUCCGGGGAAGACUGCCAUUCAGCAACGAGCGAUCAGAGUGCUAAAGCAGAAGCGCCUUUACGAAGGGCAGCUCGCCCAGUUACAGCAGCAAGCGUACAAUAUGGAGCAGGCGACAAUGACGACGGAGAACCUCCGGAAUACCAUGGCUACGGUGGACGCCAUGCAGACCGCAAAUAAGGAGAUGCGCAAAACGUACGGCAAAAUCGACUUGGACAAGAUCGAGCGCAUUCAGGAUGAUAUGGAGGACAUGAUCGAGCAGACCAACGAGGUGCAAGAAACGCUCGGGAGAAGCUAUGGCGUCCCAGACGAGAUUGACGAGGCAGACUUAGAGGCAGAACUCGAGGCACUGGAGAACGAGAUUGGCGAAGAGGAGACAGAGACGCCGUCGUAUCUACAAGAAGGCAAUAUGGCUUUACCGGACUUUAUCGACGAAGCGCCAGAAAGCGAGCGGCCUCAGAAGCAGACCGAAGCGGCAAUCUGACCCCCCCCCCCCAAACUGAGAUAUAUGGACUCUGCGACCUUAGGGGGAAGUUGGUUCGCCUCGAAAGUGGCAACUGGGAUGUUGUACUCUAGGCUGUCAUCUAUUGCUUAGUGAA